GUUUGAUAAUAAAGGUUACAUACAUUUCAAAUUAAUUUUUGGAAAGCAUUAACUAAUUUUGAGAUAUUUACAGACAUUUGAAUUGUUGCAAAAUUUAACACAGACAUCUAUUAUAAAAAAUUAUCUAACUAAAAAACAAUAAGUUUUAAAUUUUCUAAAUAUUUAUAUUAAUAAAUCUUACUUUCAUAGGAUCUUAUUUCAUUGAAUGAUUGAUCAAUUGUGGGUUGUAUACAUUUUGAGCAUGAACUGGAGGAUUUGCCAGCCAAUGUGCCCAAAGUAAACGUUGAUGCCACAGAAACGUCAGAAAUUAAAUCACUCAAAUCACUUCUCUUUGAUAUCACAGAUUCAUUUCCAGAACAUUUGAGAUACAGACCGAGAAUGACACGUAAUCACUGUAUCCAAAGAAGUUUGUGUACCAAACUGCAGGAAAAUUGUUUAAAAAUUUAUGUACAUGUGAAAUAUGCAUAUUAUUGCAAUAAUGAUAUAUUUCAAUAAUUAAAUCAUGAAACUUACUAUAGACUGAACAAUUGGAAAAUCAUCUUCAUCAUCUUCAAAUAAAAUGGGGUCUGAUCUAGCAGAUGUAUUUAUAGAUGGGUGCUUACGUUUGAGGCGUUGUUUUAAGUUGGUCGUAUUGCCACAUGUUUCUACCAUCAUUUUACACAACUUGCUUGAACCAUCAUUAUCGUUUUUAACAAAAUAUUUCCACAUUACGUUAGACAUUGUAGACACUAAGUCACUAGACUUUAAAGUUUAAAGUAGGAAACGUAAGCUAUGCGGGUAGACGGCACUAGGGAAUACAGAACAACAAAUGACAACACACUACAAAGACACAAAGUCGUCAGUAGUUCAGCUCGUCUACACGCUAAUGGCGUCGAGCGUCCCGGCGUUUGUAGAUUUACCCAUAAAAUAUUAUAACCAACGCAAAAAUUUAAAAUUACAAGGAAAAUAGAAAAAUUUAAAGAAAAAAAUGUUUAAAUCGGCUAAUUUAAUCACCGAAAAAAAUCAAUUCAACGAUAAAAUUACCAAGCCAAAUCGAUUCAAAAAAUCAAUUUUAAUCUCCCCAUCACCAACUAUCAUCAAGUCAACUAACAAAUUAUUUCGUGUAAUCAAAAAAUAAUGUUCAAAACACACGAAACGACUCGAGUUGAGCUUGAAAUGAUUAUGAUCACCCGUUUUCAAUCUCAGUUCCCAUGGCACACGAUUAUAGUUAGUAUAGUAUCAAUAACCGUAACACGAACUAAGAUAUCCUGUCCGUGGUAUUAACUAUUGCUAUCAAUAUCCGUGAUAUUAACAAUUCGUACGCAUUCCUAAAAUUCAUUUAAAUAUUUGAUUUUAAUUUUCAAUUAUUAUUCCGAUUGUUCGUGACUAAUAUCAUUAAAUAUUUAAUUCUCUUCUCAAACAUUCAUAUUUUAUUAAUUUAUUUUCGAUUAAUGUAUAUUUAGGUUAUCUGUGAUUUUUAUUUUAUAAAAAAACGUUAAAUUUAUACGUACUUUAUUGCCAAGUAUUUAUAAUAAAAAUGGAUGAUGAAGUUCAAUUAAAAAGUGUAUGUAUAUAGAGUAACACAUCAAAUUUAAUAUUGUAUUCAAACUUAACAUUAACUUUCAGAUUAGAGAAUUUUUACAAAAUUACAAUAAAAUUACAGACGAUUGUUUUUCACAAUGUACUUAUACAUUUUCCCAUAGUAGACUGACAGAUGACGAGGUAUUUAAUUGUUUUUAUGUAAUUAAAGUAUUUAAGUAACUACAUUUUUAAAAUUACUUUAACCAAAUACUAUUAUAUUAUUUUUUAGGCUACAUGUGCAAGUUAUUGUGUACAAAAAGCUAAAUUUGUUGAGCAAAAAUGUAUGCAAGCAUUUAUUGAACAUCAACAGUCAAUGCAAAUUAAAUUUAUGGAAGAAGCUUCUCAAAACCAGGCAGUGGUUAAUCUAGGCAUUUCAAAUACUGAUACUAAAGAAAUAGUUGAACAAAAAUCAAUAGAAUCAAAAAAAGAUUGAAAUUAUACAAUUUGUAGAUUAAAAAUGACUUAAUUUGAAUAUAGUGAUCAUAAUUAUGAGUUAGAGAAAUUUGUUUUUUAUUAGAUAUAAUGUUUUAUAUUAACAAAAUAAAUAUAUCAAAUUACCAAAUAAUAUUUGGUCAUUUUUAUUUAUCUCUCAUUAAUGUAGCCAUUAAUUAUGCUAAAUAUUGGACUUAUUAUUUAUUAAUCACUAAAACAUAGAUGUGGGUUUUACAUCUUUCUGUAAACUGUCGAGUAUUGGCUUUACAUUGUGUUCCACUGACUAAAGUAGAAAAAAAUCUAUAAUUUCAGUUUUUUUUUUUUUAAUCUGGAUUAAUUUCUUUACCACAUCUUUUUUUUUUAAAUUUUUAUUUGAAUAUAAUAACAGGCAUAAGCCUGAUUUAUAAUGAGUUUAAAACAUUAAAAUACAUAAUACAUAUUCAAAAUAAAGUGUAUACUAUUAAAUGUAAAUGGAUACAGUAAAAAUAGUUAAAUAUAAAGCUAAGGAAACAAGUUACUAUGAUUUAAGGUAUUUCCAGCUGAUAAUAUUAUAUUAAUACGAGAGUUGGGCAUAUAUGAGUAAUGAGGAAUAAAAAAGAGAUCCUUGUUUCAGAUAUUAUGAUGGUUGAUUUUAAAGGAGAUGAGACACUUAAUAUAAAUUAAUUAUCAAUAUCAUUAUUUAAUAGUUUACUAAGAAACAUGGUAUAACAUUGCCUUCUGACUUUUGAAGUUUGUAUAUUUAUGUGCAGAAUAUUAUCAUAACCAGAGUUAAGUUGUAUAAAUAUAUUGCAUUUAUAAGAGAUAAAACAAAAAAAAUUGUUUUUUACUUCCUCAAUUUGAUUGCAAUGAGCUAAAGUGAAUAAAUCCCAUAUAAUAUAAAAAUACUCUAAAUGGGGACAAUAAUAUUAAAACCAAUCUGGGGAUUAAAACAAUAGAGACAGAGAGUGUGCAUAUUUUUCCAAUUACUCCUAUAACUUCUGAGCCAUACUAAUCACAUAACCUUUUUUAUUUGUGAAAAAAUCAUGCACAAAUUCUAUCAUAAAAAACUAAAAGGUAAUUUGUAUUAUUUAAAGAUAAAAAUACAUUGAACUUAAUUGUAAUACACAUAGUACUUAAUCAUGUUAACUAAAUACAAUAAUAAUUAAUUUGUAUUUAUUGUAUAUUAAACAUGAAAAAAUAACUAAUGAAUAAGUGAAGAUAACAAUUUGUACAAUAUACAUUUUUACCAUUGUUCACAUUUAAAGUAGAAAAGAUUGAAGCUCUUGAAUCUAUAAAUAAACAAAUAACAAAUAAUCAUUUUAACAUUCAAAGUAAAAAAAAUUUCAUAAA